AUGUCUGCAACCAUCGAGGAAAUUCACUCUGACCACUCUGACCACGAUCAUGAGCAUGACCACGACGAAGACCCCACUUCGGCAGCUGCUCUUGACAAAAUUCAGUCUCGGUCAGAAAGGAAAGCGAGAAAAGCUCUCCUCGGGUUGGGCUUGAAGAAGGUUCCUGGCAUUACGCGGGUCACUUUACGGAGACCAAAGAACGUUUUGUUCGUGCUGGCGGCUCCCGAUGUUUACAAGUCGCCUAACAGCGACUGUUACAUCGUCUUCGGUGAAGCCAAGAUUGAGGACAUGAACUCUCAAGCCCAGUUGUCGGCUGCACAACAACUUGCUUCCGGUGGUGGAGGUGGAGGUGUUGCCAACCUUGAGAACUCGCCUGCUGGUGCAGAAGGUGACGAUGACGAUGACAUGCCAGAGCUUGAAGCUCCUGAAGACGAUGGACCGGUUGACGAGACGGGUGUUGACCCAAAAGACAUUGAACUUGUCAUGGCUCAGGUCAACUGCUCGAGAGCGAAGGCAGUUCGGGUACUCAAAGAGAGUGGAGGGGACUUGAUCAACGCCAUUAUGGCUGCGAGCGAGUGA